GGCAAAUAUGCAAUCUUUAUACACUGUUCUAACUAACUCCCCCUCUCUCAGUCCUCGAGGGAGGGUCCGAGACGGUAUACCUGAGCCCCCACGCCGUCACCAGGCCCGUCUGAACAUUCUGCCGAAGGUGACCGCCUCCUCCCCAGAUACGACUCAAAUGGGCCAGCAGUAUAAAAGUGCCGGAUCCUGGAAGACCGAAAAAAAAAAGAAGAGAAGCGUAUGAGUAAGGCGUGUUCAAUCAAUCUUUUACCCAGGAAACUGCGGGUAAUUGGUUCCAAAGUUCAAGGGUGACCCGCCCAGGAGCGCCAGUGCAGCGCGGACCAGAGCUGGAAAGUGACGGCUGACGCACAAGUGUCAAGGUGACAUCGAAAGUUAAACUAACCAUGGCGGAUCACACCAGUCCUAAAGGCAACAGUGGAGACUUUGCCAAAAAAGUCCAAAGACGGCUGAGCAGAGGCAAAGAAAAGGUGCUGCAGAAACUUGGCAAGUCUGUGGAGACCAGAGAUGACCAGUUGGAGCGUUACGUCCUACAGUUUCAGGACCAACAGGCCGACGGGAACAGAAUCUACAAGGAGCUGAGGAACUACAUUGAAGCGGUCCGAGACAUGAGAGAAGCCUCCAGACGCCUCUCGCAGUCUUUGUUCGACGUUUACGAAAGCAAUUGGGUGGGAGAAGAAGACAUCGGCGCCAUAGUGGAGGGCGAGGACCUCCUGUGGAACGACUACGAGGUGAAGCUGUUGGACCAGGCAGUACGGACCAUGGAGUCUUACGUGGGCCAGUUCCCUGAUGUCAGGGAGAAAGUGGCCAAGAGGGGCAGGAAACUGGUGGACUACGACUCGUCCCGUCACCACCUGGAGGCCCUGCAGGCGGCCAAGAAGAGGGACGACGUCAAGAUCAGCAAGGCAGAAGAAGAGAUGAGCGGCACCAAGCGAGUCUACGACACCAUCAACAGCGAGCUGAAAGAGGAGCUGCCUGAGCUGCAUGAAAGCCGCGUCGGAUGCUACGUGACGGUCUUCUCCGCCGUAUCCAGCGUGCGAGAUGUCUUCUACAGAGAGAUGAGGACGCUCAACAUGGACCUGGACAACGUGGUGAAGGAACUGCAGGCUCAGCAUCCUGACAAAGUGUUUGCCGUUCAGGGUGUGCACAGGUACGGAUCCUUGAGGAGGCGCACCUUGUUGUCCCCCAAGGCCUGGAAGUCCAGUUUCUCAGACUUCCACCGGGGCUACAACCCCAACAAGAGGUUCAGUUUCCGCUCUCCGGACAAACCUCGCCACGGGUCCUUGACCAGGGAGGGCGCCGCCAUCGCCGUGGUGCCGCUGACCCCCACCCCGGAGAGUCCCACCUUUGAGGAGUCCAGGGGGUCCAGCCGCAACCAGGCGCACGUCCCCACCGAGCUGGGGGAGGCCGAGGGCACGGAGGCGGCCAAGCAGGAGCCGGACGACGGUAGCGAGGACUCGAAGGCGCCGGAGAAGACCGAGGACGCCACCGAGGACGCCACCGAGGACGCCACCGCGGCGAGCGAGAGCAGCUGUGACCUCAACAACUCCUGUGAGUCUCAGAGUCUAGACCUGCAGCUGGGAGACGUCCCACCAGACCUGAGUCUAGACUCCCUCAAAGUCAACGGACUGGAGGACGCCCACUCUCAGGACCUGGACCUGGACCUGGACCCUCCACGCCAGGACCUGCCUGCAGACUCCAAAAGCACAGAAGUGUGACAUCUCACUCUCUUAAAGCUGAGAGGACAGCUGCAGAGGAAGGAGGAGCGAGAGGAGCAUCUGUCGGCCAACACCAUCUUUGAUCCUCAGCCUGGAUGCCAUGAUAAAGUUUUUAUGUAGUGUACUAGUACUGUAUGAACAGGUAUUACUAAUCAUAAAGUUUAGUGUACUAGUACUGUAUGAGCAGGUAUUACUAAUCAUAAAGUUUAGUGUACUAGUACUGUAUGAGCAGGUAUUACUAAUCAUAAAGUUUAGUGUACUAGUACUGUACGAGCAGGUAUUACUAAUCAUAAAGUUUAGUGUACUAGUACUGUACGAGCAGGUAUUACUAAUCAUAAAGUUUAGUGUACUAGUACUGUACAAGCAAGUACUACUAAUCAUAAAGUUUAGUGUACUAGUACUGUACGAGCAGGUAUUACUAAUCAUAAAGUUUAGUGUACUAGUACUGUACGAGCAGGUAUUACUAAUCAUAAAGUUUAGUGUACUAGUACUGUACGAGUAAGUAUUACUAAUUAUUUUAAUCCCAGAGAGACAAUCUAUACUCUUAAUAUAUUUUAUAUUUGCAUUUGACAGUAAAACAUCAUGUAUGAUCAUUUUGUUGUAGGACUGCUGUCUUGUCACAUGUUGGACGCCAACUAGCUUCUUCUUCAAUGUCGUUCAGUGUCAAAUAAAUG